AUAACUCCUCUCUCUCUCUCUCUGCUUGUAUUUCUAUUUCUUUCCCCUUUCCUCUGCCCUUCCUGGAAGUUGGUCUCUUCUUCUAUACUCAAAAUACUUUUUUUUUUUUUUUGGACCAAUUUUACACAUACACACAAAACAGAUCACUGUAUUACAACAACGAAAGAAGAAGACGAAGAUCCACUUCAUCUUCAUCUUCAUCUUCAUCUCCAUGGGGAAUCUCUGCGGCACUCCCGUCGACACCCAUAGCCCUCCUCCCACAAAACCAAAUUCCCCAGCGAGACGGAACGGCCCGACGGACGGCGGCGCGAAGCCGAUUCUGAAGGUGUACACUCUGACGGAGCUCAAGACGGCGACGAGGAACUUCCGGCCGGACACCAUGCUCGGGGAGGGCGGAUUCGGGAGGGUCUUCAAGGGCUGGGUCGACGACGUCACCUACGCGCCGUCCAAGGUCGGCGUCGGAAUCGCCGUCGCCGUUAAGAAGUCAAACCCCGACAGCUCUCAGGGUCUCCGCGAAUGGAAGGCGGAGGUGGAAUUUUUGGGGAAGUUCAGCCAUCCAAAUCUGGUGAAAUUGGUCGGUUAUUGCUGGGAAGAAAAGCAAUUUCUUCUCGUUUAUGAGUAUAUGCAAAGGGGGAGCUUGGAAAACCACUUAUUCCGAAAAGGCGUAGAGCCGCUGUCGUGGGAUACGCGGAUUAAGAUCGCAACAGGGGCGGCGCGUGGGCUCACGUUCCUGCACACGUCGGAGAAGAACGUGAUUUACCGCGACUUCAAAGCGUCCAAUAUUCUACUGGAUGGGGAGUUCAACCCGAAGCUGUCAGAUUUUGGGCUUGCCAAGUUGGGCCCAUCCAAUGGCGACACCCACGUCAGCACAAAUCCGGUUGGCACCUACGGCUACGCUGCCCCCGAGUACAUUGCAACCGGACAUUUGUACAUAAAAAGUGACGUGUACGGGUUCGGAGUGGUGCUGUUGGAGUUACUGACCGGACUCCGAGCAGUGGACCCAAACCGGCCCAGUGGAUCUCACAACUUAGUGGGCUGGGCCGGGCCGUUACUGACGAGCAAGAAAAAGAUAAAGAAACUAAUGGACCCGAGGCUGGGGGAGGACUACUCGCCCAAAGGAGCGUGGGCUGCAGCCGAAUUGGCGUUAAAAUGUUUGCAAUCUGACCCUAGAAAGCGGCCUUCCAUGGAAGAAGUUCUGGAGAAUCUAGAAAAAGUCAGUACCUACAGAGACAGACCCAAGGAGCCCAAAUCAAAUGCCCGGACGCCCACCCGCUAUUGAUUUUUGGGCUCAUCUCCAACCACUCAAAGCCCAAUGCUAUUGGAAUUCGAGGCCCAAUUAGAUUUUCAAUCCACUCUGUGUGGUUCUUGAACUAUUGGAAGUGGUUAUAUAUUAUUCACACUUUUUUUUUUUUUUAAUUUGUAGAUGUAGUAGUGUAUGUAUCCAUCAAAGCUGGUCCUUUUUUCAUUUUAUAAAAUAUGAAAAUGUUACAAAAUCCUUUUAUUCUUUUUUGGGGAGGAAGGCAUUAGGUUUUGGACCAAUUUUUGAUAUCGUCUCUCAUGUUUCAAAAGCUUCAAGUUUGGUUCGAAGUAUCAUAGUUUUAUGGAA